GCGAGGGGACGACUCUGCUGUAGUAGCUGCUCGAGCGCGCGCUCUUCUGCAUCAGCCUGCAUCAUCAAUACGGAGUAACCGACUCUUUCAAAACCUCCUCCUCUUCCUCCUCUUCCUCCUCCUCUUCCUCAGCAGUAUGCACUCUGCGCUCUUGCUGUUUCUCGCCUGGAGCUGCGGCGUGCUGGCGGUGGCGGCGCGCGCACCGGACAGUCCGUUUCCCGCAGCUGCUGCGGAGCGGCGCGCGGUGCAGAGGGAGAUCCUCGCGCUGCUCGGACUGCCGCACCGGCCCCGGCCGCCUUCCCCUCUCAAGCGCACCGCAGCACCGCUCUACAUGCUGGACCUGUACCGCGCCGUGCUCGCGGACGGACCGGAACCGCGCGUGCCUCUCCCGCCUACAGAGCACGAGGAGGAGCGGCUCCUGAGCGACGCGGACAUGGUGAUGAGCUUCGCCAACCUGGUUGUAGAUCCUGAGGAGGACCCCAGUGUGUUCCAUCAGUACCACCGCUUCGACCUCUCUCGCAUUCCAGACGGGGAAACGGUCACCGCUGCAGAGUUCCGCGUUUACAAGGACUUUGUGCACGAGCGAUACGAAAACGAGACGUUUCACGUCAGUGUGUAUCAGGUGCUGCGGGAGCAGGAUGGCAGAGACUCAGAUCUCUUCCUGCUGGACUCCAGGGUUGUGUGGGCAGCUGAAGAAGGCUGGCUGGUGUUUGACCUCACUGCCACCAGUAACCACUGGCUACUACAUCCGAGUCAAAACCUUGGCCUGCUGCUCGCUCUAGAGAGUCAAGAUGGUGAGCGAGUGAAUCCCAGGGCAGCGGGGCUGAUAGGCAGCAGAGGGCCUCAGAACAAGCGGCCAUUUGUCGUAGCAUUCUUUAAAGCUACCGGAGUCCGUCUCCGCAGUGUCCGCUCAGCCCCGGGACACAAGCAGAGGACACAGAACCGUUCCAAAACCCCGAAACAUGCAGCACCUUCUAGCCAGGAGGCUCUGAAACUGGCAGAGGCAGCAGAGAAUGUCAGUGUGGACCCAAAACAGGGCUGCAAGAAACAUGAGCUCUACGUCAGCUUCAGAGACCUGGGGUGGCAGGACUGGAUUAUAGCUCCAGAAGGCUAUGCUGCAUAUUACUGUGAGGGAGAAUGUGCUUUCCCUUUAAACUCCUACAUGAAUGCCACUAACCACGCCAUCGUACAGACACUGGUGCACUUCAUAAACCCGGACUCUGUUCCGAAGCCCUGCUGCGCCCCCACUCAGCUCCACGGCAUCUCUGUGCUCUACUUCGACGACAGCUCUAAUGUCAUCCUGAAGAAGUACCGUAACAUGGUGGUCAGAGCCUGUGGGUGCCACUGACCACAUGUUCUACCAGCCAGAGACUGAGGGAAGGAAUGAGGAAGAUAAAAUAAAGGCCAGUUAUGCCUCCAAGGAGCCAUGCAAUUAAUAGGACUCAUUAACUGGAGCAAAUCUGGACCACUGUGCUACCACCACUUGCUCAAAAAACUGUGCCAUACAGAGCUGUUGUGGCAACUGUGCACCCCCAGCCAAGUGGACAAGAGUGGGGAGUGGUCUUAUUAUAUGCUGUACAGGCUGGAAACGGCAUGUUUCAGUCCAGGGGCACAGACAAAUAUGAGGAGAUGGGUGUUAAGGACACUUUUCUGUGGUUUCCCAUCCAAGAUGUAUCUGUUUCCUUGCUAGCGCCUCUGGACGCAGAGCUAAGGGGAUAAGACAAAUGUACAAAUUUCGUCUUACCUUAAAUGUCAUCGAUGAGGGAAGACAUAGUUGGUGUCUGAAAUUUGCUUCAGUGGUUUUGGGCUGGAGCUAUAAGGGCUAAUGUAGCUAACAGAACGACAGAAGCUUAUAGCUAACAGCUUAUAGUUAGCAUUGUACAAACUGGAUGCCUAAAUAAUCACACAUUUGCCCAAAAUGGCAUCAAAUUGAUGAGUAAUCUUAAUUAGAUUUGCUUAUGUGUUCUCUGACAUACUGCUAUUUAUAAAAAUGGAUAGACAAAAUUCAGGAUUCAAGAUGGCUGCUAGUUCUGUUUUUAGCUAUGUAUUUAUACUCUUUCCAUUUUUACAGAUGCAUUGUGUCAAACAGUAUCAGAAACCACAUAAAAAAGGUGAUUUAAGCUUACUUAACAACAUUGAGCCGUGGGUUGGGUGAUUUAGAAAUGCACUGUUGGCUAUAAGCGGUUGGCUGUAAGCUUCCGUAAUUGGUUAGCAUUAGCCUCAAAGGUCCAGUGCAGAACUAAAGAAGCACUUCAGACACCAAAAAUGUCUUGGCUAAAUUAUUACUUUUGGGGUAAGGGGGAGAAAUAUUGUGUGGAUUUAUUUUAUUUGGCUGAGCCAUUGUGUUAUUUGGGCAUUCCACUGAUUUUUCAGAAUUUCUCCAUAGUUUAGUCAUGUAAACAGAGUCAUUCAGACUGGUUUCAUGUGAAAUGGUUCAUUAGAGAGAAACUUAACGUGAUAAGAACCAGGGGUCAUUGUGUCUACAAUGCAAAUAAGUUUUAUUAUUCAAAAUGACCAGUUAACCUACACAUCUUCUGAGUUUUACAAUGGAUUUUAUGGUAAUAAGUCUAAAAAAGAGUUUUCUUUAGAUACCAUUUUGCCUUCUAAUUCCUUGCAGGUACCUCUUCACCAUAAAUCUGUUGUAGAACAAUAUUUUUCGGGCCAAAAGAUUAUCUGAAAACUAUUUUAAAAAGUUUCAGGCGUAAGGCAGAGUAUUCAUAACCUCUCAAUAAUUCAUAAUAACUUUGUGUGAGGGAGCUUUUAGAGGUGAACGUAUACAACAGAGCAUUUCACAUCAAUCCACUCCGAAUUACUUUGUUUGCAUCUUUUUCAUUUAAUUAUACAGAAAGUAUGAAAAAUCUGCAGAAUUCUUCAGUAAAAGUGCCAAAAAUGCUUCCCUGUUUUAUGAAUGUGGACUGAGACUGCACAUUGGUGGGCUUUUGAUUUGGUCUUGCCUAUGGUGGGUCACAUGCAUCAAACAACACAUUUUAUUGUUAUAAUUAAUGAUCACAGUCACUAAAAAGGCCCUUCAUGUACUGAAUUUGGCGUUUAGGAAUAAAAAGCCAGAUGAGAGUUCGCUGUUCUUUGUACAUUGUCACUUCAAACUGUUUUAUAAGACUGUGAUUUACAACCCAGAUGGACAUCCGCUCUAUUUGUGUGUGUGUGUAUGUUUUUCUGACCCUCCUGUGGCCAAAAAAAGCCCAUCCCACACACUCCACUGUUCACAUGGCCCAUUGUUCGGCAUGUGUCGGCCGGCGGCAGCAGGACCAUCACUUACUCUGGGCUCUCCUCUGAUGGGUGUCCAAAGCUGCAGGUGGGGCGAAGAGGCCGCAGCAUUUGGUUCUCAUCUGAGUUCCCUCAAUAGGCCACAAGAUAAAGUGAACUAAAUAGAACUGUCUGGAAAGGAGCAGGUGCAGUUUAUUCAUCUUUCGGAGGAAUUUAACAGCUGGUUUUGGUCAUGCGAAAGCAAUAUUAUACCAGAGAGCUUAUGGAGACUUGCAAUAAAUGGAAGAGAUGACCUUCGAGUCCAGA